AUGGAUUUUAAGUUUUUUAUUUCUAAAUUAAACAACUUUAUAUCAACGUUGCAUGAGAUGCUGUGCGUAUUUCCAGAUAAAUGUCCUAUAAUUGUUUUUGCUGUUGCGGUACCACCUGCUGUACACCUGGUCCUCCUAACGCUGGAUGUUCAAAACUCUGUCAAAUUUGCAUUGGUCAGAUACACUCUGUCAAAAGUCAGAGAGAGAAAUGACACAAUUCUAGAUCGGUUCUUGGAUUGUGUGAAGAGACACCCGCACAAACCCUUCAUUUUGUUUGAGGAUGAAUCGUACUCGUACCUGGACACGGAUCGUCAGAGCAAUAAAGUUGCCAGGGCCUUGCAGCAACACACUGACAUCAAGGAAGGAGAUACAGUCGCAAUUCUUUUUGGAAAUCAGCCUUUUUUUCUGUGGAUAUGGUUGGGACUUGUUAAACUAGGAUGUUCUGCUGCACUUCUGAACUACAACAUGAGAUCAAGAUCAUUGUUGCAUUGCUUUUCCUGCAGUGGGGCGAAUGUAUUAAUAGCAGGAAAAGAAUAUAAAGAGGUGGUCGAGGAGAUACUGCCGACUCUGACAGAGCAGAAGGUGAAGGUGUUCGUCCUCGCUGACCAGUGCACCACGGCCGGCAUGGAGACUUUCAGCGACAAGAUCCGACAAGCCUCGUCUGAACCAAUACCAGUUGAUGUCAGGUCAAAUGUGAGGUUGAUGAGUCCUGCGGUCUACAUCUACACUUCAGGCACAACAGGUCUCCCCAAGGCAGCUGUACUGACCCAUCUGAGACUGUGGAAUUUGUCUUUUGUACAGUCAACAUUUGGAGUGUCUUCCACAGAUGUGUUUUAUCUGAACCUACCCCUAUACCACACAUCUGGUCUCAUGGCAUUCACAGGAACCAUCGAGAGAGGUUCUACUCUAGCCCUGCGGAGUAAAUUUUCUGCCUCUCACUUCUGGGACGACUGUAGAAAGUACAAUGUGACAGUGAUACAUUACAUUGGUGAAACCAUGAGAUAUCUCUGCAGCACUCAGAAGAGACCCAGUGACCGUAACCACAAGGUGAGGAUGGCGAUAGGAAACGGUGUGAGAGCAGAUGUAUGGAGAGAGUUUCUGAACCGCUUUGGACACAUCAGUGUCAAAGAGCUGUAUGGAUCAACAGAAGGAAACAUUGGCUUAUCCAACUACACUGGGAAGGUCGGUGCUGUUGGACGGGUCAACUUCUUUCACAAGUGGUUGUUACCCUAUGCCAUUAUCAAAUAUGACAUUGAGAAAGAAGAGCCUUUGAGGAACUCUGAGGGGUUCUGUGUUGAAGCAGCUACAGGUGAGGCUGGCCUGCUCAUCUCCCAGAUUUCACAGAAGGCACCUUUUAUUGGCUAUGCCAGAGAUCCAAAGCAGACUGAAAAGAAGAGGCUCCAUGAUGUCUUUGUGAAAGGAGACCAGUACUUCAACACAGGAGAUCUUCUGUGGAUCGAUGAAGAGAACUUCAUAUAUUUUCAGGAUCGUAUCGGGGACACGUUCAGGUGGAAGGGGGAAAAUGUUGCCACAAAUGAAGUUUCAGAUAUCCUCACAACGAUGCCCUCUAUCCAGGAGGCUAAUGUUUACGGUGUCAAAGUGCCCGGCCAAGAGGGACGGGCUGGAAUGGCUGCUCUUAGAUUGAAAGAAGGAGAGCCCUUUGAUGGCACCGGUACAUUCAGACAUGUCUCCCGCUACCUACCGGCUUAUGCCAGACCCCGCUUCAUAAGGAUUCAGAACUGUCUGACCGUUACGGGAACGUUCAAGCACAGGAAGGUGAAGUUGGUAGAGGAAGGGUUCAAGCCAGAUGAAAUCUCAGAUCGUCUGUACAUUCUGGAUGACAAAGACAAGUGUUAUGUUCCUCUGACACAGAGGAUGUAUGAUUCAGUUGUAUCAGGGAUGAUCAAACUUUAAAACAUUAUUCAAUUCCAAGGACUUGUGCUCAUUUUAUGGAUGUUUUCUUUAAGUAUUUGUCUUGCUUAAAUUUCAUCCCUCCAUUCAUAUCAUGUUCUAAUAAAGUGCUGCAUGUUUUCCCACUUGCAUAAAUUGUUAUAAAGCUAUGAUAACGGACAAGAGACAGAAAUGUAAGCUUGAAAAAAAAGUGAUGCUAGCCUGAUCAGUAAGCAUGCUAUUUGCAUGAUCUUCUACUAAGAAAUCAACAUUUUACUACAAGACCUUUUUCUUUUUAAAUAAAUGUUAUAAAGCAGUU